AACGAUUUGUACAUAACGUGCCGUUUGUCAAAGGAUCGUGAAAGUAACCACUCUAGUAAUAGUGUUUUGCAUUAAAUUAAUGCAGACAUGGCGGAUUCGGAGAAGAAAGAAUCAAAGGACAAGACGUCUAUUGAUGAUAGCGCCUUUGAAGCUCUGGAAAAAGAUUUCCAAGAUGUUCUCCAGGAACUGAUGGGAGACAGGAGUUUGGAGAAAUUCCGAGCUGAAUAUGAGAAGCUGCACAAAGCACUGAAGAAAUCUCACGAGAGUGAGAAACGCUUGAUGCAGAAAUGUCGAGAGCUGAAUGCAGAAAUAGUUGCCAACUCAGCGAAGGUAUCGACAGCACUCAAACUUUCUCAGGAAGACCAGGGCACAAUAUCUUCUCUGAAAAAGGAGAUAGAAAAGGCGUGGAAGAUGGUGGAUGCUGCUCAUGAGAAGGAAACGAGAGCGAGAGAAACAAUCCAGUCCCUGAAGACGGAAAUCUCGAACCUGAGUAAACUGGUUGAACAGGGAGCAGGGCUCACGAUGGGCCAGGAACACAGUGUGAAUGAGCUGCUGAAGAUAAAGGAGGAACUUACAAAGGAACGUGAUGAGCAGCUGCAGGAGAUAACGAAGCUGAGAGAGCAGCUGGCGGAGACGGGCAACCAACUGGCCACGCUAGAGGAGGACAAGGCACAGGCCGAACAGACCAUUCUAGAGCUAAAUCAAGAUAUUCAGAUGCGUAACAAUGAGGCUCAGCGUGAGAUGCGGAAGAAGGACAAACUGGAGCGCGAGCUGAAGCAAACAAAGGCCGACCUUGACGCAAAGGCGUCCGACAUCAAGGCCAUGCAGACUCAGAUAGAACGAUACAAACAGGACAUACUCAAGCUGGAGCAACAAGUCAAGGAACAGAGGGUUUUCAAUGAGAGAUCGAUCAAAGACUCGGAGGUGAUGCACGCGAGAUUCACAAAGCUUACUCAAGAGUACGACCAGCAGCUGAUGUCUGCCGACGCUCUCGCCACAGAGAACCAGGCCAAGGUUCAGGAACUCAAGCAAAAAGAAGAAGAAGUGACGGCUCUCAAAGUAGAAACCCAAAGAUUAAACAAGACAAGGGAGAUAAUUCAGCGCAAGUUGCGACAGGCUGAGGAUGCUAAAGCUGACGUAGAACAACAGAGGGAGACAUUGAAGGGCCAGGUGCUGGGUCUGGAGCGAGAGCUUGAGGCUGCCAAGAAACAGGCUGAAAAUGACAAGAAGACUAUUGAUGACCUUAUUAGAGAACGAGACAUACUCAACAAGAAUCUGCUGAAGGCGGCAAGCGCAACUCAGAAGCAGCUGCACCUGGUGAAACUGCAUGAGCAGUCGAAGAAGAACCUGGAGCAGGAGAUCCAGAACUACAAGGAGGAGGCUCAGAAACAGCGCAAGAUCAUCUACCAGCUGGAGAAGGAGCGUGACCGCUACAUCAACGAGGCCUCUGACCUCACACAGAAGGUCUUGCAACACAUGGAGGAUGUCAAGGUGAGAGAGAUGCAGAUCUUCGACUACAAGAAGAAGAUUGCCGAGGCGGAGACGAAACUCAAACAACAACAGAAUCUGUACGAGGCCGUGCGCAGUGACCGGAACCUCUACAGCAAGAACCUCAUUGAGUCACAGGAUGAGAUCACAGAGAUGAAGCGUAAGCUGAAGAUUAUGAACCACCAGAUCGACCAGCUGAAGGAGGAGAUCCAGGCGAAGGAGGCGGCGCUGGUCAAGGAGCACCUGGAGCACCAGCGCGUGGAGAAGGAGAAGGAGACGUUGAAGGCUGAGCUGCAGAAGAUGAAGCAGCAGGCGGCCGAGAGCAAGGCAUACAUCGAGGCCCAGGAGACCGAGGAGCGCAAGCUGCUCAAGAUCAUCGCAGAGGCAGACGCAGAGAGGGUCCGCCAGAAGAAGGAACUUGAUCAGGUGAUCAGUGAGCGUGACAUCCUCGGCACGCAGCUGGUGCGGCGAAACGAUGAGCUGGCUCUCCUGUACGAGAAGAUAAAGAUCCAGCAGAGCGUGCUCAACAAGGGCGAGGUCCAGUACAAUCAGCGGCUUGAGGACAUCCGCGUCCUCAAACUCGAGAUCAAGAAACUGAGGCGCGAGAAAACCAUUCUACAGAAGAGUGUUGCUAACGUCGAAGAUCUUAGGCGAGAGGUGUACCACAUCCAGCGAGAGUUGCUGCGAGAGAGGACACGCUGUAAAGCCCUGGAGGAGGAGCUGGAGAAUCCAAUGAACAUUCAUCGGUGGAGGAAACUUGAGGGCAGUGACCCAAGCACGUACGAGAUGAUCCAAAAGAUCCACACACUGCAGAAACGACUCAUCCAGAAGACGGAGGAGGUGGUGGAGAAGGAGCUGCUCAUCCAGGAGAAGGAGAAACUCUACCUCGAGCUCAAACACAUCCUGGCACGCCAGCCCGGCCCCGAGGUCGCCGAGCAGCUGCAGAUCUACCAGGGAACUCUCAAAGACAAGUCAAAACAGAUGAAGGCGAUGGCAUCAGAGUUGAAUAUGUAUGAAUCCCAAGUGAGUGAGUAUAAAUAUGAGAUCGAGAGGAUAGCACGCGAGCUACAGGAAGUGAAAAAGAAGUACUUCAUGCAGAAAAAGAAAGAAAAUCAAGCUCGUGAACGUGAGCGAGCGCUGAUGCAGGCGGGAGUUCCAGCGAUACAACCACAGAGAGGAGAUGGCCAGCGGUUCACGGGCGGCGGUUUCAACCUGAAGACUACAAAGAGUGCAGCGUAACACCGGCUCCAACCAGGAACCUAGAACAUGAGCUCUGUAUUCUGUGAUAAAUUUACUGUGUUCACAUUCCGGCCGAGGUGUUACGGUAUCAACACCAGUUUAACAAAAGACCAAGUCUCAAGAUUCAAAUUUAGGAAAGUUUGGGGCCAAAAGCUCCUAAAGCUUUAGAAGACGGGACUUUUAAAGUGUUUCUAUUUGUUUGUGUUGUGGCGACAAUAAAAGAGUCCAUUAAUACAUUGGAUCAAAACCUUUGUGCAAAAUUAUAAGCUAGAGGGACAUUCAUAAUUAUCAACAUUUUCACGUGUACAAUCCAAACCAUAAGCAUGUUGGGAGAGGUGGCAGUGAUGUCAGUGUAUAUUUUUAAUACAAACACAAAAUGAGCAUUUUUUAUGUAAUACUAUCUAUUUAAGAGGGGAUCUGGAUUACAAAAAAAACAAAAAAAAACCCAACACUUGUAUGAUUUGUACAGUUGUGAAAAUGUUGAAUAUUUUAAUGGUCUCUAAGACUCAUGAAGUGGAUUUUGUUUUACUUUGUGUGAUCACAUACCCACAAUUCCUUAGAAUCUUAUGUUUAAAGACAUUAUUCAGCUAAUGGUCAGGAUUGUUCUGUUUAUUUCAUUUAAACUUACAAAAAUUAGGUUAAACAUUUGUUUUUAUUGAUUUUAACUCUCGAAUCCUUUAAUUUACGACUCUCACACGUUUGGUUUCGGUGUUCACCAAGUGAUAGUCCUUCAUCUGCUCACCUCAUGAUUUAAAUUUUACUUUCUGGUAACUGCAUAACUUUCAUGGACAUCUUAAAUGUGAUAUCAGGUUGUUUUUUCCUUUAAAUAUUGAUAAUAUAAAAGCUAAUGUGAUCAAGUGAUUAAGGUACUCACAUAAAUUAAUGAAAUAUGAAAAAUAAAUAGAACAUCUUUUUUUUAAUAGUCUAUAACUGAAAAAAGUUACAUACUGAUGCUAAGCUGGAUUUUUGAGCGUAAGUGAUGAAAUGUAAUGAAUUAGAAAGAACAUGGCCGACUUAUUGUUAUUGAUAUAAUAUUGGUUAAAAAUUAAUUUGACCAUGUCUUAAUAACAUUAAAUAAGAUGAGCUGUGAAAGUAGAGAAAUACUUCCAUUUUUGUUUAAGUUAAAGAUUUCAUACACAUUUAUUUUACUGUUUAUUUAAGGUAAUUAGAAUUUUUUUCUUUCUUUUUUAAACUAUCAAAAAUGUAAAUAGUGUGUAAAUUCAAAUUAAUGUACAUAUAAAUACCAAUUACUAUAUGAAAAAUGCUGAUUACUAUAAUAUAAGCAGCAGCUUUCUUCAUGAACUGACAUCCAGAAUCUGGAGUAGACCGCAUCUGAAAUGGACAGAUUUUAUGUUGUCGCAGAACUAUUUUUAAAUAAUGCUAUUUUGCAUAGCAAACUAGAAUAGUUGGAUGCUGGUUUGGACUGUCCACACAAUUUGUAAAUUCUGCUAUUUGUUUAUAAAACUGCUUCUAUGUCUUAGUUUCUCUCUCUCUCUCCCCCCCACCCCUCAUUUUUCCUGCAUCAGCCGUGUAUUAUUGCAUUUGGCCAAGGACAACCCUUGUGUUAAGUUUCUGUUCAAAUCUGUGUGGGCAUGGCCUCUUUUUUUUUUUUUGAAUGGAUUAGCAUCAAAUUACAAUUCACUUUUACCAGUUCAGUAACAAUGCUACUUUGGUUAUAAAUCAUUUUAUAAGCACCCGGCAUUUACUUUCUCUGCUGGUGUAUAUGGUACUGAAGGAAUAUUUUGUUUAAAAUUCACUAUAAUUUUACAAUUUUAAACAUGGGAAAAAUGUUAAAAAAUCACAUAUAUUGUUCACCAAUUCUUCCACAAUUCUUAUUUAUUUGAAAAUAUUUUAAGUUAUGUUGUUUUGUACAAUAAAGUGUAAUAUAAA